CUCGUUACCAGGAACUUGUCAUCGAAUGUCCCAAACUUCAGGCUGAAGUUGGCAGUUUGAGCUUCUGUACGUCACUGAAGUAUCUUGGAGUUACACCCAGCGAAUCAAAUAUUCGGCGAAGUCAGGCGAUUUUCUUUUUAGGUUGCUUGAUUACGACCAUGCUAAUUUUGAAUUUCAUUACCGCGCGCAUUCUACCACACUGGACUUAUUGCUAUCCUGUAAUAUUUCCGGACCUGUCACAUGAAGAGCAUCGUUACUUGAUUAAUUUUAUCGCCCCAGUCACGAGUUCUUGUAUUUGGAUCCAAUGCACUGAGCCACCUGGUUCACACCUAUUUAACUAUUUUGUAUCACUGC